AUGAAGCUCACUAUCUUCUUCCCGCUGGCCGCUUUCUUGUCUUGGGCUGUCGCUGACGUCUCCGACGCAUCUGAAGAUGCCAGUCCUUGCCUUGUGUGCUGCCCUUAUCUCGACCUCCGAUGUCUUUCUGAAGCCGCUGCAGUCGCUGGCUGUAUCUCCUCUGUUGAUGCCAAAUGCACUUGCGCAAGCCCAGCGUUCAAGGACACGCUCACUGCCUGUUUGAAGAUUUCUUGCACACCGGAUGAUGCGAAAGUUGCUGGAAGAUUGCAUGUUGAACGUUGUGGUGGGACUGCCCCAGAGAUAUAG